AUGGCAGCAGAUCUGUCCAAAACGCCAAGAACUCACAGCGGCACCACGGAGAUGGACGCCGCAAAGGUACCGGGCACCGUUCACCUUGUUGACCUGGAUCGUAGCGCAGCGACUCCGCAUACUGGCAAUCACAAUGAUAUUAUUCUCGUACCAACGCCAUCGUCGGAUCCCAAUGAUCCCCUCAACUGGUCGCCGUCGCGAAAGCGCCUGCACCUUGUUUGCCUAAUUGUUUUUGUCUUCUUCAACGGCAUGGCCCUGCACGUUGAGAAUGCUACAUGGGAGCUUUUCAGCGACCUCAAUGCCGGUACAGGAUACAUGUUCCUGCUCCUCGGCUGGGGCCUCCUCUUCUGGCAACCGUUUGCCCUACAAUAUGGAAAACGCUUGACUUACCUGCUUUCCAUGCUUGGCAUUGUGGCCGUUUCCAUAUGGAGUCCAUAUGCCAGUGGCAACGGACAGUGGAUUGCUCGCAACAUUGUGACGGGCUUCGUAGCCGCUCCAAUUGAAGCCCUGCCGGAAACAUCCAUCACGGACAUUUACUUUACCCAUGAGCGCGGCACAUAUAUGGGCUGGUAUGCUUGGGUCUUGGCUUCGUCCAACUACUUUGCUCCCGUCAUCUGUGGCUUCAUCAACGAUGGCAUGGGCUACAAGUGGCCCUUUUUCUUCAUGGCUAUUUUUGGCGCCGUUGCGUUUGUUUUCCUCUUCCUCUUCAUGGAGGAAUCCAACUAUGACCGUGCAGUCGCAAACACGGUGGACAUGCCGCCGUCCACCAACGAGGCCCAACGAGAUAAACACGCGGCUGGCGUUGAAGGUGUCCCCGCCACACAUCAGAUUCCCGUCCCGGGAAAGGAGAAGACUUUCCUCCAGAAGCUGUCGUUGAAGGAUAGCCCGCGCCCAUUUCUCAUGCACUGGCGAGCUUGGCAGUCGCUCAGACUACUUACCUGGCCAAACAUAUUUUUUGCCGGCUUUUCAUACGGGACAUACCUGAUCUGGUUCAACAUUCUCAACGCCACGGCGUCGAUUAUCCUGGGCGGCGCGCCAUACAACUUUAAACCCAGUAUCGUCGGUCUCAGUUAUAUAGCAUGCCUUGUUGGCGUGAUACUAGGGUCUGUAUACAGCGGCAUAGCGUCGGACUGGGUGGUUCUCAAGCUGGCACGCCGCAAUCACGGCAUCUUCGAGCCCGAGCAGCGUCUCUGGCUCUUCUCGGGCAUGACAGUCGCCGCCCCCUUCUCCCUCAUUCUUUGGGGCGUGGGCGCUGCUCAUCAGGUCCACUGGUUCGGCCUCCUCUUCGCAAUGGUUGUCCUCUCGGCAACAAGCGCUGCGGGAGUUACCCUCUCUGUCGCAUAUCUGGUAGACUCGUUUCCCGAAAUCUCUGGCGACGGCCUGACGACCAUUAUCAUCAUCCGCAACACGAUGAGUUUUGCGAUUGGCUACGGCAUCACGCCGUGGCUGGACGGGCUAGGCCUGCAGAACUGCUUUAUUAGCGUGGCAUUUGUCGCCCUGGCGAUUUGUUCCGUCUUCCUCCCCAUGAUGUGGUUUGGCAAGAAGUUCAGGGCGAUGAAGAAGGAGAGUUAUUGGCGGGAGGUGCAAGUGCGGAAUGACAUGAGGGCGCGCUGA